GAUUUUGGAGGUGGAGGAGCUGGGUGUUCGAUGAGGAGCAGUUGUAUGUGCUGCGAUAUACAACAAACCUCGAGUGGAAAAUAACCGAACGUUCUUGUUCGCUUUUCGAGAUGAAGGCUAUGUAGUAAGGUGCCACAGGGGUGUCCCCAAUUGCAACUGAGGCUCCUCUCAUUUGAUCUGCAAGAUGAAGGCUUUCAGUUGUCCAGGCCAGGCCAGGUGACCAAUGACGAUGAUAGAUUCCCCUUGAGUCAUCGUGGUUGAUUGAUGGGAACAAGGUUCAGUGUGUCGCUGGUCAUUCACAAUAUCACCCGUUUUAGAGUGUUGAUGGGAUAAGUCGUACGAUGUUAACAUAGUAUGCAAUAGCCGGCCGGCGUCCCCCUACCUGAUCUCGAGGGUGAUGGAAUGACUGGGGUCGAAGGCCUGUUGUUAGCCUGCGGAAUUUCGUCGGAUGAAAUGUCAGGCGUGUCCGUGUGGUACUUGUGCUAAACCAGUUUAGUACUAAUGACAAAGACAUUGGGUUCUUUGGAUAACAACAGUGUUCUUGACCUCCUUGUGCUUCACAAAGCUGACAUUGCCCCUAAAAUCGACAAGACGGAGAAGGAGAGCCGGCCUUCAGCUCGUCAGCCAAGGACCCCAGGAUCUUAGGAGCCAUUGGACCCCAGGACCUCAGUAGCCAUUGUACCCCAGGACCUCAGGAGCCAUUGUAACCCAGGACUUCAGGAGCCAUUGUAACCCAGGACUUCAGGAGCCAUUGGACCCCAGGACCUCAGGAGCCAUUGGACCCCAGGAACACAGUGUUGCAGCCAAUGUUGGAGCCAAACGGGCUCUUUUAAAUUUCAGGUCACCAGGCAAGAUGGAUGGACAAAGGAUGCAAGGGACAAGGGAUACACCAGGGAUGCAAGGGACAAGGGAUGCAAUGGACAAGGGACACAAGGGACCCCAAAGAGACUAAAGAUGAUGCUGCAGACUACAGGGUGAUGAUCGUGGGUGAUCACCAGGCAAGAUUCAAGGGACAAGGGAUACACCAGGGAUGCAAGGGACAAGGGAUACAAGGGACCCCAAAGAGUAAAAAGAUGAUGCUGCAGACUACAGGCUCUUUUAAAUUUCAGGUCACCAGGCAAGAUGGAUGGACGAAGGAUGCAAGGGACAAGGGAUACACCAGGGAUGCAAGGGACAAGGGAUACAAGGGACAAGGGACACAAGGGACCCCAAAGAGACUAAAGAUGAUGCUGCAGACUACAGGGUCACCAGGCAAGAUGGAUGGACAAAGGAUGCAAGGGACAAGGGAUACACCAGGGAUGUAAGGGACAAGGGAUACAAUGGACAAGGGAUACAAGUGACCCCAAAGAGACUAAAGAUGAUGCUGCAGACUACAGGUCAUGCUCAGAUGAAGGCAGAUGAUGAAGAGUCGGGUAGAUUCAGUGGAUCAAAUGGUGGCACUAAGGGAUAUCAAUGAUGCUGGAGUAACUAACCGCACUUCAGGAAAUGAUACCUUGACGAUUCAAGCAGAACCUUCGCUAAGAUUCGGAAGGAACGUUUUUGCUCUGUGUAUGGAGUGGACACUCAAUAAACUGUGUGUCAUUCUAAUAGACUUUAUAGUGACAAUCCUGCAGAGAGACUUUCUGAACUUGAGGAAAGCUAUGAACAUAGAGCCCAGCAUGAUAUCCACCAGCCAUCACGAAGACAGCCCAUCUCUUACCUUCGGAAGGAUACCGCCACAUGCAUGGUGAAGCAUCCCACAGGAGGGAGAAGGAUGUCGUUAACCAGCACAUCCCAAGUUGCCAUCAAGUGGCAGUUUGAUAACAGUUUGAUUUUUGUCAUCAUAGGCUUCCUUGAUUGGUGUUUUAUCGAAAUAUCUGAUUGAAAGGUGUUUUCAAGCAUAAUCGAUUGAAAGAAAGUUUUAAAGCAAAACUGAUUUUUCUGCUUAAAAAAUCACCAAAUUCAUCAGAUAUUUCAUUGGUUAUGUCCAUCAUUUUUGACAUGGGGUUGAUGUGUUGUUGUUUCUCAGACCCCAGGAAGCAACAAUAACACAUGUGUCUGAUGGACCAGUAGGCCUUAUGAUGUCGCUCGAUCUCUUCAGUACCACAGAAUCCACUGACAUUUGAAUUCCCCAGGGCUCUGAUGCCCUGGACCCUUUAUCACACUAGUUUCUGUAGUCAGUUGCUCAGUAUCUGAUUACGAAGGUACCAAAAAAUUGUUAUCAAAUACCAAACAUCUUCACACAAUUAAAACAGUAAACUUGAACAUCUCACUGUUUUAUUGAAAGUCACCAGAGCCUGAAUUUGACAGACAAGACUAGUUCCUGAUCAUGCACUUGUGGUUUUACAGGAAUAAAGCUCAGUCUUUUCCUUAUUUGGAUUCAGAAAGGGAUUUCAUUGCAAGAGCAUUAUCAUGUUCUGCAGGUUACGAAAAAAUCCUUGUAAAGAAAAUUUCUGAAUUGGACAUGGUACUGAUUGAGUCGAGCAAAUUGAUAUUUAAAGACGUCAACUUUCUGACAUCUUUAACUUUUGUCCUGUAUGCAUUGAUUUGUAAAUGAUGUAUGUAAAAUUAAUGUUUUGUAAAAUGUCUAAAUGAGAUCGAGACUCCCAACUUGUCAGAAAACUUGGCAAACCAACUUUUAGUCUUUGCUAUGUCAAGGUCACCUCUUUUGUCAUGCAAAUAGCAUGUCAGAGGUGCUCCUUUUGUCAUGCAAAUCACCAGCGUGGCUCAUGCAGUCCAGUGGCCAUGUUAAAUGUGGUUCUUUUGUUAUUUAAAUUGGGUCCUGAACCAAUUGAUAGCACUGACUGAACCUAUUGUAAGCUUACAUGGCUGAACUGAAGGCUCAAACAAUAGGAUUGAAUACAAUGACUAUAAUGCAUGGAUAAAACUUGAAAUGAACAUUUAUAAGGUUAAGUGCUGGCUCACUUUUGUUGUGGGGCUCUCAGUGUCAGAUCUCAAUUAAGCAUUGUAUAUAUCUGGGACACUUGUUAGUGUGUCUUAGUUACAUCAUGUACAGGAGUUGAACAUGUUAAAAGGGAUUGCGCUUCUGUCUCGUAGUUCUCCUCCUUUUUGGGCUUUCGGAGAGGCGCAGCAACUGCAUUGACGAACCACUGAUGUAAUGUACACAUUGUAUGAAGUCUUCAGACACAAUAGCGCCUGUCACACUUGUCACUUAGAUUGUGUGAUGGAGUUGAUGACUCCCUCCGAUUGCGUAGGUUUUCUCCCGGUACUCGG